ACACAAAUUAAGCUCUCAUCUUCUUCUGAGUAUUAACCAAAGUCCCCACAACCGUCUGUCUUCUCGCUGCCAGACAAAAACUGCUACAGCCAAUAAUGUUUUUUUCUGAGGGACCUUUCUUCUGUCAGAGACUCUCUCAUCUUCUUACCCUCACCAACUCAUCUUCAGUCCUCUAAAACAAACAUCUCUUUUUUUACUUUUUUUUGUUUUACCUCUUUGUUUACUUUAUCUCUCAUAUCUCACUUUCAGUUUCUCAUUUUUUCUUCAACAUCCUCAUAGCAAUUAAACACCACUGUUCUAUAUAUAAAGCUAAACGGCUUUAGCUUUACAUGAGUUUCUUGUUUUUUUUUUUUACUUAUUUAAAAAGUCCUCACAUUUAUUUCUAGUGAUAAGAGGGAGAGGUUUCUCAGCUUUUGUAAUGGAGGAGAAGAUACAAGGACAAAACAAGCUCUCUGUAAGUUCUUUGGAUCAGAAAGUGAUUGUGAGAAGAAGCUUACAAGUUCAAGGAUCAUCAGAGGAUCAAAGAUUUGUCCUUGAGGAAGAUACGAUGCAACAAAGUGAAGAUCUUUAUUCGGUUUUGUCAUUGAAAGACCCAAACUUUCUAGCACUACUCUCUCUUCAAACACUCCAAAAGCCGCCUUGGGAGCUAGGAGACUAUCUCCCACAUGAAGUUCCAGAGUUUCAUUCACCCACCAACUACUACCAUCAGAACCCAUCUCUGGAAAGAAUCAACGAAGCCAUCUCAACCCAAGAACUUCAGUUAAACCCACAACGCAAGCGCAGAAACAGCAACAACUUAGUAGCAGCAUCAGUGAGCAGAGAGAAGAGAAAGAGAAAGAGAACGAAACCAACAAAGAACACAGAAGAGAUGGAGAGUCAGAGAAUGACGCACAUAACGGUUGAACGUAACCGCAGACGCCAAAUGAACGUUUAUCUCAGCUCACUCCGCUCUCUCAUCCCACCUUCUUACAUCCUUAGGGGAGACCAAGCGUCAAUAGUAGGAGGAGCUAUAGACUUCGUGAAGCUCCUCGAGCAGCAGUUGCAAUCACUCGAAGCGCAAAAGAGUACUCAACAAACUGAUAGCAAAGACAUUUCGUUGCCUGCGGGUGACGAAGAACAAAGUAGUAAACUGAGAAUCGAUGCCACAGUGAUAGAGAGUCACGUGAAUCUCAAGAUACAAUGCCCGAAGAAACAAGGACAGCUUCUCAGAUCAAUCAUUUGGUUAGAGAAGCUUAGGUUCACUGUUCUUCAUCUCAACGUUACUUCUCCAUGCAAUGCAUCUGUCUCUUAUUCCUUCAACCUCAAGAUGGAGGACGACUGUACUUUGACAUCGGCCGAUGAGAUAACGGCGGCGGUUCGUCAGAUAUUGGACUGCUGAGUUAAGAACAAGAAACCCAAAAAGCAAAAAAAAGUAACGUUCUUUGAUAAUAAUAAUAAGAUGUUUUGUUGGUAUGUAAUUGGAGUCUUCUCGGCAUGGCACUUUGACUUUAUUUAAAAGGGUUACUCUACAGUACUAGGGACCCCAUUUGAUAGAUGUAUAUCAAGUUUGACUUCGUAU